GGGUCCAGGUCAGUGUCAGCGCCCUCCAGGUGGGGCAGUACAGUACCACAUGUGAGGGGACAUCAAUGCCUGAGAGACCUGAAGUUGAGAAUGGAGAAAGGUGAAGCGUUGGAGAGCCCCUGGCCACUGCACUGAGCACCAUGGAGCACCUUUUCAGGAGAAAGCGGCUCGGUCUACUGAAGCCCCUGCUGAGUCUCUCUCUGUUCUUCGCCUCGCUCCUCAUGAUCCACAAGCUUAGACUCCCCGAGAAAGACGCCAUGGGGACGUAUAUGAGACACGCCGGCUGGUGUGGAGACUGUUUUUCAUUCAAGAAGACUGCAGUCAAGCACUCUUUGUUGAACCACCAAAGCGCACCGGAGGCGCAACAAGUAUCCAACCGGAGCGGUCGCUUAUGGGACCCGCAGGUGCUCAACUGCAGCGAGGAUGUCACGGUGAGGACCAAGGAUUGGUUCCGGAGGUUGGACCCGAGAUUUCACCAGUUCGUCUUGCACCGGCACUGCAGGUACUUCCCGAUGCUCAUCAACCACCCGGAGAAGUGCACAGACGGAGGGGUGCACCUCCUCAUGGUGGUCAAGUCCGUUAUCGAGCAGCACGACCGGCGGGAGGCGGUGCGUAAAACCUGGGGCAAGGAACACACGGUGGACGGUAAGAGCAUAAAGACCCUCUUUCUUUUGGGGAGCCCUGCUGCGGGCAAAGACGCCAAAAACCUACAGAAACUGAUCGAGUAUGAGGACCACAUUUACAGGGACAUCCUGCAGUGGGAUUUCAUGGACACAUUCUUCAACUUGACCCUGAAGGAGGUCAACUUUCUCAAAUGGUUCAACAUCUACUGUCCAGGAGUCCAGUUUAUAUUCAAAGGAGACGACGAUGUGUUUGUGAACACCAACAACCUGCUGGACCUCAUCGGCUUUAAAGUGGAGGAGCACAAGGAGACCACUUUGUUUGUGGGGGACACCAUCUCCAAGGCCAUCCCCAUCAGGAACAGACAGAGCAAAUACUACAUCCCCAGGGAGCUCUAUGAUAAGCCAUACCCACCUUAUGUAGGGGGAGGGGGGUUCCUCAUGUCCUCCCAUCUGGCCAGGAGGCUCUUUGUGGUCUCCGAGAACCUGGAGCUGUACCCCAUUGAUGACGUGUUUUUGGGCAUGUGUCUGCAGAGGCUCCACCUGAGCCCGGAAAUGCACUUGGGCUUCAGGACCUUCGGCAUCACCAGGCGCAGGGUGAGCCCCAUGAACACCGAGCCGUGCUUUUACAAGAACCUUGUUGUGGUGCACAAACUUAAUGCACAGGAGCUUGUCAAGAUGUGGAGGCUGGUGCACGAGGAAGAGCUGGUUUGUGCUCAGAGGACUUCGGUAUGACUGUCAGUGGAAGAAACCAAAAAUAAGCGAAGAGGACUUGAGUUAUGAUUAAAUAUACAGCCACUUUUACAUUUAAGUUAUCCACUUUGGAGAUAAAAUAUGAGUAAUCCUCAAUGCCUUUUGGAAAACCACUACCAUAUAGGUCUUCAGUGUUUAAAUCUCAGUGCCUUUUCAAAUGUGAGCCUCAGUGUGCAAGCGUGACAGCCAAAGUAUUAGUAAUAUGGUGCAACAUUUUGACCAAUUGUGUAUUUUCAGCAAGAACAGAGAAAACAUUCUAAACCAAAAUGUAUCAGAUUUUGUUGAGU